UCGGCGCGAUCGGGGCCUCCGCUUCCGGCGGCGGGAGCGGUGCAGAGUCAGCGGCGGCGGGGGCGGAACCGGCACCGGCACCAGGAUCCGGCCUCGGAGCCAGCGCCGCCGUCACCAUGGGCAACAUCUUCGGGAACCUGCUGAAGAGCCUGAUUGGGAAGAAGGAGAUGCGGAUCCUGAUGGUGGGGCUGGACGCUGCUGGGAAGACCACCAUCCUCUACAAGCUCAAACUGGGGGAGAUCGUCACCACCAUCCCCACCAUCGGCUUCAACGUUGAGACAGUGGAGUACAAGAACAUCAGCUUCACCGUGUGGGAUGUGGGUGGGCAGGACAAGAUCCGGCCCCUCUGGAGGCAUUACUUCCAAAACACCCAGGGUAGGUGUCUCAGGGGGCACGGUGGGGGGACUUGGGGAGCAGGGUGGCCACAGAGAGCCCUUCAGUGUCCGCUCCUCUCCCCAGGGCUGAUCUUCGUGGUGGACAGCAAUGACCGGGAGCGGGUGAACGAGGCGCGGGAGGAGCUGAUGCGGAUGCUGGCGGAGGAUGAGCUGCGGGACGCCGUCCUCCUCGUCUUCGCCAACAAGCAGGACCUGCCCAAUGCCAUGAAUGCAGCAGAGAUCACGGACAAGCUGGGGCUGCACUCCCUGCGCCACCGUAACUGGUACAUCCAGGCCACCUGUGCCACCAGCGGGGAUGGGCUCUACGAGGGCCUCGACUGGCUCGCCAAUCAGCUCAAGAACAAGAAGUGAGGGGGGGUCCCCCUGUGCCCCCCCGGCCCCCCUGGGCCAUGCCAGGGCCCCCCCCGGCCGCCCCCUCCCUGCCCCGGUUGGGUUUUGCUUUCUUCUGGCACCGGUUGCUGUGGGGUUUUUCGCCUUUUUUGGGGUCCCCCUGGUUCCCCUCGGAUCUCGUGUGUGCGUGCGUGGAAUUAGAGCUCUAUAUAACGCCCGGGGGGGCAGGGGCAGAGCCCCGGGAGGGUGGGAUGGGGGCUGGGGGGCCACCUCGGCACUGCCCUGCCCAGGGGGGCCGGGGACACCCUGUCCCCAUGCAUGUCCCUGCACCCCUCGCCUUCCUCUGGACCAAAUGUGGGGGCAGCAGGGCCAUGGGGGGGAUUUGGGACUACAUACCUCCCCUUCCCUCCCAGCACCCCCUCCCGGCCCCGUGUGCCCCCCUGGGCGUCCCACACGUCCCCGGCCCCCCCAUGUCACUUCGAGGCAGGUCUCCUCCCCGCAGCGUGACCCCCGCAGAGGGGGGGGGUGCGGGGCUGCCAGGACCCCUGUGGUCCCCCUGGCCAUGCCCCCCUCCUCGUCCUGGCCGCCUGCCCCCCACCCCAUGCCAGCAUAGUGAUUGUAUGUCCCUGCCCCUCACGGACAGAUGGUGUCCCCCCACCCCAGCCCGUACUGUGCCCCCCUCCCCAGCACCGUAUUUAUACCCCUGGUCUGUGCUUGGUGUGACGUGUCGCUGCGGCUCUGCCCUGUCCAGGGACGUGUGUUCUCAGCCCCCCCUCCCAGCCCCCUGCGCCUGAGACGGUGGGUGACCUCCCCUGACCCCCCCUUGGAUAUUAAACAUGUUUUAUGUA